AUUGACUUGGCUUACAGCAAGCUCCCCACACACAACCCCCCGCACGGCUUCAUUCUUCCCAAUUACCCCGCACAACCCGCCCCCAAACAUCCCCGAUCGCGCAGUUCCAAGAAUCCGACAUUCCCGGCUCCUUGUCUGCGUAAAAUAUCUUUCUUCAGUGUAUUUUUCCAUCUAUCUAGCAGUUUUACUUUCUUGCAGGAGUGGCAAUUACGAUGGAGAAUCAAGCUGCGACUGGUCAUAAGGUCAAGCGUCGUGCGGCGAAAGCCUGCAGCUCGUGUCGAUCAAGGAAGGUCCGUUGUAAUGUAGUCGAAAGUGGACCACCAUGUACCAAUUGUCGUUUGGAUUCUGUCAAGUGUGUUACUGUUAGGAAUAGAAGACAUCGAGUAUCACGUCCUGUACGAAUCCCCCCGACUGUCAAUGAAAUGCCUAUGGACAACUUUACACAUAAUGGCCUGAACUGGUCUGAAUACACGUUGUCUGGUGACAAAUCUGCAUCUCAACACCAGAACAAAGAACCUCCUGGGGCAACGAAUGGGCGUACGUCCUGUGCGCAAACCCCAUCGACCACUUCUCCUACGAGUGUAGCCAGCUUUGAUCAUAAUGGGCUGGACUGGUCCCAGUACAUGUCGUCUGGCAACCAAUCCUCGUCUCAACAUCAAAAUGACGAGCUUGCCGGAACAACUAUAGGAGAAUCUUCUUGUGAGCAAGAUCCACCUACAACGUCCGCUAUUAGUUCGAAUUCAUCGGAUUAUUUCUACUGCGAUAGCUAUUUCGACUGCGCACCCAUCACCCAAGGUAGUGUCGGGGAAGCCAUUCCUUGCUUGCCUCCCUAUAUAUCGCCACUACCAACUCGCCUAGACAAGACAGUUCUACAGUUUCUUUCCAGCAAUGGCGCUUUCUCAGUCCCCAGUGCAGAGUUCCGACAUAUCUGCGCUUCACGGUACCUUGAGUUACAGCAUCCAUUAUUCCCCUUAUUAGAUCUGCACAACUUGUUGACAAUCACACAACGUGGAAAUGACAAAUGCGGUACGAUAAGUCUUUUGCUUUUUAAUGCUGUCAUGUGCGCCGCAUUGGCAUUUGUCGAAAACGACCAUGUUAUACGCGCUGGCUACCCCUCCAAGCGGGCAGCACGGAUGUCGUUUUUUAUAAGGGCAAAGCUUCUUUAUGAUUUUGACACCGAGCCGGAUCGAUUCAUUUCGAUCCAAGCAGCUUUACUUCUGAGUAAUUGGUACCCUGGAGUAGACGAGAAAAAGGAUCCCUGGUUCUGGAGCGGCACUGCAAUCUCAUUAGGACACACUAUUGGCCUACAUCUUGACCCAGUCGAAUCCAAGGUUGGGAAAGACAAAAUACGAAUAUGGAGGCGUCUGUGGUGGACUAGUUUUUGCCGUGAACAGAAGCUCGCACUGGCAUUAGGACGUCCAUCGAGGUUGACAUACUACAAUGUCCCCAUGCUUACCUUGGACGACUUCGAUAUCGGCUCGCUGCCAGAUAGCGCUUCAUAUUUGGAAUGCACAUAUUCGGGUGAUGUAGCGCGACAAAAGGAACUGGCCCUUCUAUGCAUAGAACAUACAAAACUAUGCGUUUGUAUCUGUCACAUUGUCUCUUCAAUCUUUGCUAAUCGCCGGAAAGUCGACGGUGGCUCCCAGGAUAUAUAUAACGGGACAUAUAGCCAGGCUCCAUAUGAAGAUAUGGACAGCUGCGCGAAAAAUAUCGAACAAUGGCUUGUAGCAACGCCAAAAGACUUGCUAUACGAGAAUGUGUCGAAAGAGAACUACGAUAUUGCAGACCGCUGCCUCAUCAUGGCCAAGGCCAACAUCUACAUCCUAUACUACGGAGCCAUCGCCGUCUUGCAUGGACAUAAAACACUAAACAGCGGCUUGUCCUGGGAAUAUUCCACCCAAAACGACCCCCAGCAAACCCCCCAGCGCAUUGUCCGCGAAGCCUCCUUGGAGAUAACUCGCGUGAACCAAAAUCUCCACCAGCUCGGCCUACUCCCCUACUCCUCAACAACAGCAGUAGGUACUGUCGUAGCAGCCGCCAUGGUUCACGUGCUCGACCUCAAAUCCGUAAAAUCACCCCCGCCACCAACCGUCCCCGAUGAAAUCAAGCAGAGCAUGGAGUUUCUCCAGAUCCUCCAAGAAGCCUACGGCACCGCGGUUAGCGCUCUGCAAUUCCUUCGCGCCGCCGCUCGUGCAGCUGGUCUCUCUAUUCUCGAGCCUGAGGCUAAGAGUAUUCCACCACCGACAGAUACGCAGCCGCGAGAGGAAGAAUUGCAGAAGCUGUUUCCAGUCAUACCCGCCUCCAUGCCGUCGAAUCUGUUACCUGCUUCCCCAUCUUGGGGGGUGAGGGAUGAGCUUUUUGGGCAGUCAUAUUUGAAUGACACGCAGGAUAUGGAUUUUUUUGGCGAUAUAUACAUGCUUGACUUCGACGGGGCUACUACUGGAUUGGAUCAAUCUGCAGACCUUGGGUUUAAUGAUACCUCGUUUGAUAUGUAGUGUUAUAUUACAUGGGUCUGUUUGAUUUGGAGUUUAAAGAAUGAUAAUGAGAAAUGUUUUUUUUAUCUUAA